AUGAGCCGCCGCGUAGAGCGGUUGAGGAGGGGUGAAGGUCUCUUGUCCUUUGGUGUUGUUCACGAUUCACUUGCAGUUCUGGGACCGACAGUCCCCGGAGUGGACGACCCAAAGAAUGCAACCCCAAGCAAAUGUUCAGAGUGGUUGACCCAGUCCGAGCUGCAGAGGGCGCCCGUGCCCCGCACCUCGCGGUGGUUGCCUGUCACGACCUCGAGCGCAGAUCGGUUUGACCGUCUCCGGGACAUCUCUCUCAAGAAUGAGGCGGAUGAAGAGCAGCUGAUCCCCGGAGUGAAAUUGCGACUUAAAGACCCUGGUAAACGAGAAAGCUCCUGCCAGGACGAUGAGCCAGAUGCCUGGCAUCCCGCGUCACCUUCGCUCAUAUGGGAGCGGAACUCGACAAACGUGGGGACACGGUCAACGGCGAAUGUUUUUCCGUUCGAGCGGAUCCAGGCGACGCAGGCUUCAGAGACGCGCAUUCUGGGGGGUUACACAGAGCAACUGACGGCCCCUUUUGAGCGCGUGGGCGCGACGAGUGAAAAGUUCGCUUACAACGCAUGUGCCACCACGCUGCCGUACACAGGGCUGUGGCACGACGAAGUGACAGGGAUAAGUGACCCGACGCUUGACAGUAAGCAACUAGAAGCGCUGCAGAAAACACCCGCGAGUCGGGCAGCUGAGGCAGCGCUGCUGCGGUCACAAGCCGCGAAAGUGUGUCCACGGGCUGCGAAAGUUUUGCUCGAGGAACUGACGCGCGACGUGCCCGACGCACCCGACGCGGAAGGCCAGGCCGAUCUACAGGAGAGGCUUUUCACCAAGAAUAAAGAGUACCUCAGCGACGAUGAGCGAGUCGAAAACUUCCUUCUCGCUACAGUCCAGCCUGGCCUCGCGCUGGGCGUCGCGCAGAAGGCUGAGAAACAGGACCAGCGAAACAGGAGACGCGGACAAGCGGCCGCUGAGGCAAAGGCAAAGGCCAUCGCCUCUUUCUGGGAAUCCAGAAAGCCAGGCAGCGAGGCGCGGAAAAGGCCACCUGCGCCAGAGCCGUGGCAGCGUAGGGACGCACUGAUUCAAAAAGAAGUGGAAAAAAGUCGCGCUUCGUUGAGCGGUCCCGAGCUUGCUAUUCAUCGACGCCAUUCCAACAAGCGAAUGAUCAUUUAUGCGGAAAGGUUCUUUGGAGACCUGGGUGCGGCGUCUGAAGGUGCGGAGGCUGACCCUUUACGCCUCAUACGCGGAAAUUCGGCAACUGUCGCCCGAGAGAUCUCCAGAGAGGGGCGGCAACAAGCGAAUGCUGAGAGUCUUAUUGCCCGCCUCGAGAUGAGACUUACGGGGGGUACGCGAGGCCACGAAAUGGGACGCAAGGCUCGCGCGACGCACAGUAGGAUUUCGAGAGGCGACAGUGUGCCGAGACAGCUGAUAGCAGAACGAACAGAAGGACAAUUCGAUGGACGGCGUGGCGUGCUGGACGGUGUGGGUGGCUCACGACGGGGCUCGGGACAGCCGUGGGUGCUGGAAGACUAUCUCGGUGUCCGUCGGGCUAUGCGUCUUGCCGCGAACCUAGAACGGGACCAAGAGAGGGAGGCUGAAAUCCUGGGGAUUCCAAUCGUGAGGAGAGACAAGCCGAAGAACACCCACGCUGGGGCGCCCGAGAUGGGAGCAGAACAUCAGGCCUCAAGAACCCCUCCGACUCCGAGUGCCCCCACAAAACCUGUUUCCGUACCACCGCCAACACCGCUUCUGUCUCCGUGCCCUUCGGCCGCUUCGCCUGCCGGAGGGGAGAAGAACGAUGCUGCCUCAGCCAGCGACAGCAAGGCGGCGGACACAGGGAAGGCACCCCCCAAGCCCCCUCCUGGUUCGAAGCCAAUGCCGGGGCCCCCGCCGAAGAAAACGCCGCCGCCUCCCGGGGCGGGAAAGAAGGGUCCUUCGCCGCCGAAGCCUAAAAUGAAGUUAGCGUUUCAGAAAGUCUCCACGCAUACAGCUAGCAUCCCUACGGAAUUGCCUGAGGUGCCGAGCAACGCAGUUUCACCGCGCGUGGAAAACUUGUCGAAGGCUUCGGGAGCUGCAGUGGAGACGAAGCUAAGUGAAAAGGCGAAGCGCUCGUCAGAAUCAGAAGAUGAGAGCGAGGACGGGGAGGCUGACCUGCCUCUGCCGCUUCUGCUUCCCCAGAGCAACGAAGCAUCCGCUGCGUUGUCCUCUGCGAAUGCGCUGGACGCCAUCCGGAGAACUCGUUUUCCCACUAACUUGAGGCCGAAGCCAGUGUACGACAGUAUAGGCCGGGUCAUUUUGCCGCCUCGCCGUAAAGCGGAUGCGUCAGGCACAGCGUCAGGCAGGCCCGAAGACUGCGUCGAUAACGACAACGCGGCAGGCAUCGCCGAUCCGUCGGGCAUGGUGUCUUACAAGCUCGUAUAUGACAAUCCGGUGUACACUGGACCUUCCUACGAGGUCAUGGCCGAGUAUCAGCCCGAGCUCGAGCCCGGCGCCAAGCCUUUAGGUCCCGGCGCAGAGACCCUGAUCUACGAGCCGGCUGCUUCGCGCACGGCGUCUUCUGGGAGCUAUGGGACACACCCCGUGUUGGACAAGAAGCGAAGGCGACAAGAGGCGGAAGGGGGCGAGAGACGCCGAGGCAGAGAAGAAAGAAGUUUGCUUCCCCGCCCGACGCAGUUCGACCCCGUCACUCGAUACCCUCACGACGAGUCGUCGCGAGCCUCGCUGUCGCUGCUCGGCGUCAACGACGAUGAGUGGGUGUCGUCCGGCAUCUCUCGCCUAGCGAACUGUGUUGCCGACCUAACGACCGCACCCUCCGCUGUGGGGGUGCUGGAAAUGCUGGGAGAGCAGGGAAAGACUGGGAAACCCGUCGCGCAGGCUGCAGUGUGGCCGGCAAUGCUGAGCGAGGAGGGAGCUUUGGGACAGAACGUGGAUACCUUGAAACAGGUGGAAUGCGUGGUCGAUGGUGGCUUCCCAUUUUUGAAGCUCGAGGCUAUGCCAGGAACUUCCGCGAAGACCAGUCGCCAGCAUGCUGGCCUGAGUCUGUGGGAACUUCACUCGUCAGCGAAGAACAACAGACGGCACGAACUGGUCGACUCCUUCGGAAACGUGCGAGUCGCGCCGUUUGCCUCGCGAAUCUUCGUCCCUGUCCGCUUGAUGGGAAAAGAUAGCAAAUUCACGAAGCGCGAAGAAGCACUACAGGCCCGCUACGCCUACCCCGAGGGCCAGUUCUCCCCCGGAUACUACGUCAAAGCAGCCGAUAUCGACGAAAAGCGGCAGGCCAUCCUCCAAGCGCGGCCUCCACGUAUGUCUGUCUUCGAAUUUCAAGAGAAAAUGAGGCAGCUGAAACUCGCCAAGGCGCGGGAAGAGACCGAAAGAGCCGAGCGCGAUCAAAAGGAGGUCGACGCCCGCCUGGCGUUGAUCGCUGAAAAGGGGUUCCAGAGGAGCAAGGGAAACGCCGUGGCCGGUCACGCCAACAAAGGUGGAGUAGAUCAUGCUGUUGCAGGGGAAGGUACAAAAGGCCUGCCGACGUUCGCAGACCUUGAUGCCGAUCUGCUCAAGGAGAGAUAUAGGGCAAUUAAGAAAAAGAACGCACAUGAUAAGUCUCUUCAACAGAUUAAAAGUCUCAUCGCCGAAAAGUCCGGCAAACAAAAGUGCAAACUUAAGGUCAUGGGCCGCCACCGGCAUCCGAAGGGCACGAACAAGGAAAUCGAGUUAGAAAGGCAGAGGAAAAAGGAGAGGAUUUUGAGGAUGUUGGCAGAUCCACACCCAGACGUGAAUGCAGCGUUGCUUCUGGCCGAGAUCAAGGAGAUCGAGAAAGAACGAGGCAGCGAAAGCGACGAAUUCAACUCCAUAUCGACCCAGUACACUUUCGACACUUUUACUGUGUCUAGCUACGAGACAGUGGAGGACGCCUUCCCGCAUUACACCUUCGACUAUCCCCGGUACGACCCGUGCCCGGAGACGUUUUCCGCACUCCAGAAGGCCCGGUUGAACUACUCGGGCGUUCUCCUUGUUUCCGAAGACUUCCGCCACACCAGUGCGAAGGCGCGCGCCCGUCUUGCGGUUGCAAGCACGUUGCCAACGGGAGGUUACCUGCAUCAUCUCAUGUAUGUGGAAGUGCGCGACUCAGUAGUCUUCUUUUACUCGGACACAAAGUUUUCCGGCAUCGCCGGCGGUAAAACGGUCUUGCAUGCCUUCGCCAAGGGUCUGGACGCGUCGCAACUCGUCGUAGACGGCACAGAGGACUGGACGCUUCUUUUCGGCGUGUGCGUCGACGCCUUGACUCAAGUUGAUGUGGUGACUGUAGAGCCUUUUUGGUCCCCGGCCGCGGAGCUGCACUACGUCGCAGUCCGGAUUUCGGGGAGAAAUGCCAAUUUUCUCCCGGGCGCUCCGCCACGCGAUUUGAUAUCGACUGCGACUGAAGGGUCCAGCAAGAAGACGAAGAAGACCGCCGAACAGCGCAUAGCCCAGGAAGAGGAGGUCACCCUGUUUCUCAGUGCCGACACCGAGGCAGAGACGCUGCUGUGGCACCGUCUUCUGAAGCGCCGCGUGGCGUUCGCAAAGUACGCGAGUGCACUGGCGCAGGAGACUCGAGGAGACCGACCUGCGCUGUCGAUUGCCGAGUUUUGCCUGUCGGGAGUCAACACGGCGGUACUCAGCAUGAAGGGCGUCGCCUUCAAUCCAACCUUGGAUCAGGUGCUGUUUUCCAAUUUGGAGGAGGAAAAGAUCGACUACCUCGACAUGUCUUGUCGCAAUCUGGGCGACGCCGACAUUGCCGACCUCGUGGACAUCUUGCCCUUCUUCGUUGAGUGCGUCGACCUGAGUGGUAACCAGAUCCAGGCUGAUGAUCCCGUCCAAGUCUGCAAGCUCAUGAACAAACUGCAUGCGACCAGCGUCGACCUCAGUGACAACCCUCUGGGCCAGCGCGCGACAGGCGGCCACCUUCUCGGCACGCUCCUCACUCAGGCGUUCCUUUCGCGACUCGACAUGAAUCGCUGCCGCUUCGGUGCCGAGGCCGCCAAGGCCUUCCGCGAGAAUGUGGCGGCGAUCGGGCGGCCCGUGGAGCGCCCCAUUGCGGUUUCUCUCAGCGGCAACGAUCUCUCCGCCACCGACGUGGUCAGCAUGGUCACGAGCAUCAAGUCGAAGAUUCCUGGCGUGAAGUCGAUCUCCGUCGCCGGCAACAUGGCGCUGACAGCGGAGGAGUUCUGGGCAGCCGUCAAGGCUUCCUUCCACAAAGUCGACGUGUCCAUCCUCAACUUCGAUUUCGACCAGCGGCCAUCCCCUUCGCUCUCGACGCCAGUGUCUGGAGACAUGAACCAGUUGAAGGGCCUUCCGCUGACGCUUAGCGGGCGGCUCUUCGGGGCCGGCUGGAAGAUAUGCGGAGACCGGUACACCUGGUCUCCCGCAGCGCAGGGGGGCUCACAGUCACCGGAAACGACAAUGGGCUACCAUCAGAGAGUCGCAGACGCCGACGGCGGUCAGGCCGUGCCUCUCGUCUACUUCGAGUUAAGAGGGCCUGUCCUCAUCUGGUCCGACGUCCCUGCACGCAGUGUCGGCUGGCUGUGCCCGGAAGGGCAGAAGCUCACGUCGUCGCAGCAGCGCCCGACUGAGCCGCUGCCGAAAGACCCGAUGGCCGCGUCUCGGACGAUCUGUGCAGUACUGCUCUAUCGGGUUCAUGUUGACUUUGACGCCCACCCGAUGGUCCUGAUUGUGGAGGCACUUGAGUUGUGUGAGUCCAACGACCCCAACAGGAUUUUCCCUUCCGUGAACUUGCCGCCCUUGGACGAACUGCCAGAGCAACAGACAGUAUCCUACGUCCUCCGGGGACCGACGGACGCCGUAACCCUUGAGUGGGCCCGAAUCCUCCACGCUAGGCUUGCAGGCAUGUACUACGUACGCACAGAAGGACGAAGUCUUCACCAGCUGAGCCCGAGUGCUCUCCGUUUUUUCGAAUCCGGUGUGGGAACGAUUUUGGACUUCGGGGGGUGCCCAGUGUCUCCGAUGGGCCUGAAGUCGAUUUUCUACUUCUUGUGCAAGUACACCUGGCUGAAGUCGCUCAUCAUGUGCAACAUGCAUCUGUCGAACCUUCACUUGAAAUUUUUGUCCAAGGAGGCCUGGCAACUGUACGAUCUAGAUCUGCUGGACCUCUCUUUCAACGACUUCACCGACGCGAGUAUGGAGCUGCUCACUACUGUGCUCUGUUUCCGAUCCUGCAAGAGGCUCGUUUUAGACCAGAAUGGCUUUUCAGAUUGCGAAAACGCUGCGGACUUGGUCUUGAGAGUGGGAUGCGGCCAUGAGGUCACCUGUCUCUGUCUCAACGGGUGCAGCCUGGGCGACCGCUUCGCCGAAGCUCUCGCUAUUGGCCUCAAAACUCUGGCGCCCAACCGGGCAGACUCUUGCCUUGCUGUGGUCGAGCUGCAAAGCAACUGCAUCCACGCAGUCGCUCUCCGGAACCUUGUGAAUGCACUCGUCGGAGUCCUGCCUACGAUUGAGUCGGUGAAAGUCAGUGGGAAUGCCGACGUGGAGGCUGGAAAGAUGUCCCUCCCGUUCGCCGACUUCAAAAACACCUUCCAGGGUAUACCUGCACGCAAGCAACGCGUCAUAGGACCCAGGAAAAGGCUAAUCAAAUGGGGGGCACGUCCGACUGAGGUUGGCAGCGAAGGUCAUGACCUAUUGGUCGCGGAUGAAGCUCGUAAUGCUCUUGCUCAUACAGAAGGCAGUCCAGUACCAGAUCAACCGGCUGGUGGGGCAGAUGGGUCUGAAGGGGUUAUGGGGGCCGAUAAAGCCGGUUCGGCGGAAGGGGCUGAAAUGGGUGAGGAGGACGGCAAAGCAGAACAGGAUGCAGGCGCUGAAAAAGCUGUGACGCCUGAAGAGAGUAAUAGCGACGAUGAAAAGUCUGACAAGAGAGGCAGUGGCGAAGGCUCUGGAAAGAGUGACGACGGUGAACGGUCUGAAGAGAGCGACCAUGGUGAAGGUUCUAAAAACAAUAGCGAUGCUGAAAGGUCCGAAAAGAGCGACUAG